UAUCCUAUGAUGGCAAAAGAAAAUUGUGCAAUAGAUGUCCUCUUACAAGCACUGCAAGAUCUUACUCCUGAGGAUUUUCUAAAGUUUAAGAAUAAAUUAUCACGUAUUAGUUACAAAGGAAGAUGGAAUAUCCCCAAGAAAUCACUGGAAAAAGCCAGCCAUGUUUACACACUUGUCAACUGCAUGAGUGAGCACUAUGGAGAAGACAUUGCAAUGGAGAUAGCAACUGGUGUGUUUGAAGAGAUGAACCGGAGAGACCUCGCUGAUAAAAUUCAAGAUGAAAAAGUCAAAGAGUAUAAACAGAAAUACAGAGCACAUGUCAUAAGAGAGUUCCUUCACUAUAAAGAAGUGAAUGCUCGUCUCGGUGAGAACCUGACUGUAAGUAGCCGCUACACCAGCCUGACGAUUGUUACAAAGCCUCAGACCAAAAGUGAAGGAGAACAGGAAACCCUGGGUGUAAGCCAGAGACAUGCAGACACCAGCAAUGAACAAGCUAACGCUGCUGUUACCGUGGCACAGCUGUUUCAACCUGAUGAAGAAGUACAAACGUCCCAGACCGUUGUGCUGGUGGGAGCUGCAGGAAUGGGAAAGACAAUGACAAUGAGGAAGAUCAUGGUAGAGUGGGCAGAAGGAGUCCUUUAUACGCAGUUUGACUAUAUCUUCUACAUAAACUGUAAAGAAAUUAGCCCUACUAAAGAAGUGAGUGUGGCAGGCUUGAUUUCAAAAUGCUGUCCACACAGAAGUACACCAAUCGGAAAGAUUCUGGAUAAUCAAAAAAAGGUCCUGUUCCUUAUUGACGGCUUGGACUACCUGAGAUUUUCUUUGCUUCAGCCAGAAGGUGACCUGAGCUCUGACCCCAGGGAAGAGAAGCCACUGGAAACCACUCUGGUCAGUUUACUUAAGAAAUUUGUUCUCUCUGAAUCCUCCUUGCUGAUCACUACGAGGCCAACGGCCCUUCAGAAUCUGGGGCAGUGCUUAGAGGGCGAGUGUUAUGCAGAAAUACUGGGCUUCUCAGCAGCUGCGAGGGAGGAAUAUUUCCACAGGUUUUUUGACACCGAUGAUAAAGCAGAUACAGCCUUCAGGUUUGUCAAAGGCAACAAAACACUCUUCGCCAUGUGCCUUGUCCCCAUCAUGAGCUGGACUGUCUGCACCAUCCUUAAACAAGAACUUUACAAGAAGAAAAAUCUUACAGCGAGCUCUAAAACAACCACAAGCAUGUAUGUGUUUUACCUUUCCAGAUUACUGAAGUGCAGAGCAAGUGAUAGCAAACAGGACCUGCAGCAGUUCCUACGCAAACUUUGCUGCUUGGCUGCUGACGGAAUGUGGAUGCACAAGGUGCUGUUUGAGGAAAAGGAAAUCAAGGACCGUGGCUUAGAUCAGCCAGACCUUCUCUCCCUCUUCCUCAAUGAGAACAUUUUAAAGAAAGGCAUAGACCAUGGGAAUGUCUACAGCUUCAUUCAUCUGCACCUCCAGGAGUUCUUUGCAGCAAUGUUUUAUGUCCUGGAGAAUGAGGAGACACUAGGUGACUCAGGGGCUCAUGUUAAGGACGUAAAAAUGUUACUGGAAAACUAUAGCAAAUCUAGAAAGGAUUUGAUGGUAACAAUGAGUUUCUUGUUUGGUCUGGUAAAUGGAAAAUCCAUAAAAUACAUGGACCAAAGAAUUGGGUGUAGACUUUCACCAAAAUUUAAGGAAGCUAUGCUGAGAUCGAUUGAGGCAAGGCCUAGAGGAAUUUCGCCUCCAGGUGAAGGGACAACGAAGAUUAAGGAGCUGGCUAUUUUUCACUGUUUGUUUGAGAUUUACGAAGAAGACUUUGUGAAGCGUGCCUUGAAUUAUUUCACUGGGCUAGAGUUGCAUGACAUCAAGCUGACUCGAUAUGAUCAAAUGGCUCUUUCAUUCUGUAUCGAGCAAUGGAAUAGACUGGACUCAGUGACCUUCAAAGGGUGCUCCUUUGAACAGCAAGAUUACAAGGAAGAGCUGGUCGCAAGCUCCGCACCAGGGUUAUAUUGGAAACGACGGCCGGCGGAGGAGCAGCAGUCCCCUAUCUCCCUGCUCUGCCAGGCGCUGAAGAACACAAGCAGCAAAGUAAAAGCGCUCAGGCUGCACUGGUGUGGCCUCACGGAGGGCUGCUGCGAGGACCUCGCUGGGCUGCUGGCCACGCACCCCAGCCUGGCCCAGCUGGAGUUGGGUGACAACAAGCUGGGCAACAGCAGUGUGCGGUUGCUGUGCAAGGGACUGCAGCAGCCCACCUGCCGGCUGCGGGCCCUGCGGCUGUGGUACUUCCAUCUUACCAGUGCCUGCUGUGAGGAUCUUGCUGCUGUGCUUAGAACCAGCCAGCACCUGACAGAGCUGGAUUUGUCCUUUAAUGAUGAACUGAAAGAUGCUGGUGUGCAGCUGCUAUGUGAAGGGCUCCAGCAUCCCACCUGCCAGCUGCAGACGCUGCGGUUGGGGAGCUGUCGUCUCACCGCUGCGUGCUGUGGGGACCUGGCUGCUCUGCUCCUAGUCAACCAGAGCCUGACUUGCCUGGAUCUGAGUGAUAAUGAGCUGGGAGGUGUGGGGGUGCAGCAGCUUUGCCAGCUCCUGAAACAUCCUGCCUGCCAACUGCAGACACUGGGAUUGAACACAUCUGGAUUAAAUGAAGAAACACAGCAAGAGCUAGCUGCACUCAAAGGAAUAAAGCCUAACUUGAAGAUAGGGUAUUUUUUUGAGCACGACACCCUGCAGCCAAGGCCUAUGGCCCCAUUGCCUUCUCACCAGGGAGUCCUGUUGGGUAGAGGUGGAGGGAGAGUCAGGAAGACUUUUCCCUCUUUUAUGGGAGGUCCUUUUUACAACAGGAACAAUUUCUAACAUGAAUGGUAGGGAUUUGAUCAGUGCUCCUGAAGAGGAUGGGAGAUGUCCCUGGGAUUUGAUUCUCGUCAUGCAUGACUGGGAUCUGGAAGGUGGUCCUGUGCAGAUCUGCUGGGGGGUUGGGGCAGAGUGACUCUGCAUAGGGGAUGAGGCUGUGGGUGAAGAUGUGGGUGAGUCUGGCAACUUUCUCCUUUCAUUCUGCUGAGGAGUGCAGGGGUGAGUGGGAAAAAGGGCUUUGGAUCCAGCCCGUGAGGUUUAUAUACUUAUGCAUUUCAUUCAUUCACUGGGAUUUUUAUAUUUCUGAAGGCUUCUGUAGUUGUU